AAUAUGAAGUCAGUUCUUUGAAGGUGUCAGCCUGGCAUGGCGUAUCAGAUACGGGUUAAUAAGUUUGCUUUGUUCUUUUUUAAGCUACUCUCAUAUUAAUGUCGAUAAAUCAAUAAAACAACAACAUUUUAUGGUGGAUUUGCGCGUCACGCUGAUGACGUAAUCAGACUGGCAACAGCAACAAGACCGCCUCAUACAGUGUGAUAUCCAAGGAGCCGCUAGUUGUGCUUAUUCUGGAGCAGACAGGUGAAAAUGGCUCAGUGAAAGAGUGCAACAGAGGUAUGGUUGCCAUAAAAGGUUUUGGUACAUGAUAUAAUGCCUCCAAGGAAGAGACCCCUCAUUCCUGUUAGUGCAAGACGGCGGCCAAAAGACAAUGACGAUUACUUCCCCUUCAACUUACUGCCAGUGGAGUGUCAGCUCCAUGUACUUUCAUUCCUGAGUGAGGUGGACAAGUGUAACUCGGCGCUUGUGUGCUCGAGCUGGAGCUGCCUGGUGCGCUCUGGGAAACUGUGGAGAGUCGCAGACUAUUCUCGCCGUGGAGUAUUCCGUCUUGGACAGGAAGGACUACUCGUGUCCAACAGAGAAUUUGAGCGCUGGAAGGCAUGGGUUCACCAUUAUACUCACCAUCUCAUAUCUCGUGGGGCUAGUCUGCUUACUCUCAAAGCAAGCUUUGAUUUGGGGGACCAGUGCAAUAAAUGGGGAGAACUCCUCUCUCAUCUGUUGGAGAAUGUCCACUGUAGGGAUCUCAGUCACUUAGACUUGAACUGGACAUUCACUCUGUUGGAGCCGUUGGACCUCCGAGUCCACUCAGGUUCGAGCUCACACCAGGAUGUCAUCAGCAAAAUGGACCAAGUUAAUAAUUUCCAGAUCUUAUUAGCCAAACUAGCCCAGAGCUGCCCGCGAAUCACCAAGAUGCGGCUGCACUUUGAUUGGUCUGACAAAUCAGUAGGUUUAAUAGCUCAAUUUCAACACUUGCGCAUUUUGGAACUCAAGUACUUCUGGGUUUUUAAAGGAGUGAGUCCAAGCAUUUUGCAGACACUGACUAAAUCACUGCCUAACCUCAAAUCCCUUACUCUCAAUGUUCUAGUGCCACUUCGGAAUUUGGGCAUUUCAUACACUCUUGAAUCACUGUCCCUGGAGUUCCUUGAUGUUUCCCUCAGCCGAGGUCUGGUCUUCUCUUGCCUCAAGCUGCCUACGCUGAGAGAGUUGAGAGCUAAAAAGAUUGUACGGGGGAUUACUCUGGACCGCCGGACCAGGCUCCGAAUCCAGAGCAGGUGGCCUUGCCUGUAUCAGGUCUUGCGGGAGGGGACGCCCAAGCUACAAGUGCUCAACAAUGAACGACUCCUUCCAAACUGGAAAGAGCAGACUUAUGAUGAGCUCACUUCUAUUCUUCAGCAGUCUUGUUACUGCCUGCAACAUUUGGACAAUUGGAUUUGGUAAACAAACUGUCAGAAUUGAACAAAAGGUAAAUGGUCAAAAAAAAAAAAAGGCACAAACCUUUCCAGACCUGUUGAAGCAAAGAUGAGAAUCAUUUGUGAAACUGAUAAACACCUGUCACCAUUUCUUAAACAUGCACAAUGAUUCACAACAAAAUACGUCACCCUAAAAGUGAAAGAGAUGAUAUAAAGCACAGCUGUGAGGUCAUUUGUUUUAAAAUGUCAGAACAAAUAUGUCUAAUCAGUAACAAAAUAUGAUGGCUAUUUGAGGACUAGCUACACAGUUCGGUAUUAUCUGGUGAAUGAAAUUGUCUUGCUCAAAUGUGUAAAAAGAGAUCAAAUCUUAUAACAUGGGGGAUGGAAAGCAGUGCAUGGUCUAGAUCUUGGCUUGUAUACAAGUAUACUCAGUGUCUCAACACAAAAGCUGUGGAGAAUGGGUAUUUGUCAUCUAUUUUUUUUCCUUAGUUUUGCGUACCAACAGAAAAACAGUAAAGGGGUUUAAAAGUAAUGUGGUGUAAUGUGAAUCGGCCCUAAAUAUUUUCAAGAUUUUCAAACAGUAGUUUUACUGCAGGUUUUAAAGUUCAAAAUUUUUCCGAUAGGAUAACCCAUGUGGUUGACUUUGCAGUAUGCUACUAAUAGGAUAAAGCUAACAUGCCAGGCUCUCAUUAAACAUUAAUUUUUUUAAAUAUUGCUUUAAUCAGAUAUCAGUCUUAAUCUUUUUAAAACUGUCAAUUUAUCUUGCACCAAACUGACAACAGUUUAGAGUUCUGUUAAAUCAUUCUUUUUCUCCAAUUUAACGCAAAAUGUGUUAGCAAACCUGUAAUUGGUUUUAUGAAAAGUGGUGGUGCACAGACUUGCAAAACUUCCAAAGAUCUAAAGGACCAACUUGUGUGAAAUGUUUUUCCAUAUAUUGUGUGUGUGUGUAUAUGUAGUUUCCCUCCAGAUUGCUUUCCUGGACAUCAAAAGUUGAUGCAUAGAGAGAACAUCUUGUAUGUGUAGUGCUUCAGACUUAUCCAUAGAGGUCCUCUUAGCUUCAGGUUUUAUAUCCCCAUCAGCAUUUUCCUCUGUGCUUAUUACCCUAAUUUAUUAGUUUGUAACUUGCACUGAUGAUUUUUUUAAUGCUUAAAGGCAAUCCAGUAAUUCAAUGGUUAUUGAGUUGUUAAAGACUGCCAGAAUAAAAUUGACUGGUUUGACCGUC